UUCUAAACCCUGAAUCUGCAGCCUCAUGCCGACUAGAUCACAGAUUGUUACACAAAGAACAAACUAUAAUUGUGGCCAAUGUAAACAUUGUCAAUCAACCAUCUAGAGAUGCAGCUCAGAAAUCACCUGGAUAUUUAUCUGAGACUGAGGCACCAGACAAUCACUUUAUAGAUGACCAUGGUGGUGGCUCUAGUGACCAUGGUGGCUCUAGUAACGGAGAGGAUAAUGAAAGCAAUCCUUCCACUGAGAAUAAUGAACAACACAGCAACCCCUCCAACAGUGAUAAUGAAAGCCAUGGUUUUUCUAUUAGAAGUGAUGAUGAUGAUGAUGAGGAGGAGGAGGAGGAGGAGGAAGAGGAAGAGGAAGAGGAAGAGGAGGAGGACGACGACAAUAAUAAUAGUGGAGAUGAUGAUCAUGAUAACCAUCGAGAGCUUGCUGUAAAUCCACCAGAUGCACUCCCUGUACAAAACUUUAAAUUGAUGUUACGGGAAAAUUACUCAGCUAGAAUUAAUGCCCCUGUAGUGGCAACAAGAGGAAAUGCGUUACUAAUGGUACUAGAAAUGGCAAAACAAAAUUCUGACACUGUUAAAGGAUUUAUUGACAGUGCCAACUUAGUAAAUUCUCUGUUUGCUACUCCUGUGCUGCCAACAUCAAAAUUUCUUAUGGACAAACUUCUCAGGAUUGACAUGGGGAUUGAGAAGCAUUAUUAUUGUCCUAAGUGUAAACAUGACUUUGGUAUUGUUCAAGAAGCCACAGAUUUAAAAUGUGCAAGGUGUCAACCAGAAGAAGAUACAGAUGAUAGUAUGGAAGAAGCAGACAAAGAAAAAAAUGAAAAGGUAGAACACUUUGUUAUUUUCAAUCUAGUCACCCAACUUGAAAUUGUGCUGAAAAAAGUAUUCAAAUCGGGAGUUCAGUUAUUUAAGCCAAGUUUUGCAUUAGAAAGGGAAGCUGGCCAUUUUACAGAUGUGUAUGAUGGAUCUGUGUAUAAGAGUUUUGCAAAAGAUUUUGAUACUAAGGAAGAAGUCAAGGUAAUUUCUUUAACAGUUUGUACGGAUGGAAGUCCAAUUUUCAAAAGCUCAGCUUUGUCAAUUUGGCCCAUUUUUGUGAUGAUCAAUGAGUUACCACCAGGACCAAGAUUUUCAAAUCUGCUUUUAGGCGGAUUAUGGUUUGGAAAAUCUCAACCUAACAUGAAAUUAUUUCUCACACCAUUUGCUAGAAAACUGACAGAGAUGUCUUAUGGAUUCACAAUUAAUAUCAAUGUGGAAACAGAGUGGAAAAUGGAGGCACAUCUUCUUGGAUGUUGUGUUGACAGUGGUGCAAGAGGAGCUGUGCAAUUCAUCAGCACUCAUGGUGGAUAUUACUCUUGUAAUUGGUGUGAAAUACCUGGCGUUUACAUGUUUGGUGCUGUAAGGUAUCCAAUGAUGCCAGAACGUCCACAUCUACGUACCUGCAGGAACUUGCUUGACAAUGGCAUUGCCUUCACUGCUGCUGUUUCUGCACGACAGCGAUUCCCUGUUGAUCGACUUGAAAGAGCUGCCCUUUUCAAAGGAGUUAAGGGUGUAACUCCACUUGCUGAGUGUGACAGUUUUGACCCAGUGGAUGGAUUUAUUUUGGAACAUGCUCAUUGUGUUUACCUUGGUAUAGUCAGAAAUUACGCAUCCAUUUGGCACUCAAUGUUAAGUAAGAAAGGAAAUGACAGAGAAGACAAGCUUCAACUUCUUAACGAGAGACUGCAGAGUUUGCGACCACCCAUUGAAGUAAGAAGACUCCCUCGAAUCUUGGAAGAACGCAUCAAAUGGAAUGCUAAGGAAUCUGAAAACUUUCUUCUAUUCUAUAGUAUUCCUUCAGUACAAGGAUUGAUUCAAACUAAGUAUUUGAAGCAUUGGAAUCUCUUGGUGCAAGCGCUUCACCUUCUGCUUAGGAAUGACGUCACUGUACAUGAUUGUAAUGUAGCUCGGACUCUUCUUUGCCAUUUCUGUUGUGAUAUACAUGAGUUGUAUGGGGAGCAAGAAUUAACUUUCAACUGUCAUCUUUUAACACAUCUUGCUGAACAUGUCUUAAGGUGGGGUCCACUAUGGGCAAUUUCUGGAAUGGCCUUUGAAGAUGGCAAUGGUGCCCUGAAGAGAAAGAUAAAGGCUGCUAAAGGAAUCCCAAACCAGAUACACAGGAAUUUGUGGCAAGAGUGUGCUCUGGAUGUAAUACGAGAAGAAUUUUCAAGCAUUGAAACAAAGGUGUUCUGUGAUUCUCUACGUUCCAAACAGCUCUUGAAAAAAGGUGUGUUCACUCCAUCUUGUAACUUUAUGGGAAAGUGUGUCAAAUUUCAGCCAUCUCCUCGAGAGUCAUGGCUGUGCACACAAAUAUCUCUUGAUCCCAAAAGAUGUGUAGAAUAUAAGAAAAUUAUCAAAGACAAAUGUGUUUUUACAAGUGCUUCCAAAAAGAAAAGUAGGACUUGCAAUGUUGUUGCAGAACUGCAAGAUGGUAGUAUUGUGAAAAUUCAGAAACUUUUAAUGGAAGUUAAUUCGCAUACAGGAUAUGCUACCAUAAAUCACUUUCAGUGUGAAAGCAUGUACCAGUUUCCAGAGGGAGUGGAAUUGCCUCUAAAUAAACAGGCAGUGAGGAGGGUUGUCUAUGAGGAAAGAGACUUGCAAAUUGUGCCAGUUAGUAAUCUCAAAACUGUGUGUGUGUACUCAAGAUUUCCUCACGGUACUUUUGUUAGUCCUAUGCCAAAUAUUUGUAAUCUUUAUUAGAUAAUAUUUC